AUGAUCUCAGUGACCUUUGAGGAUGUGGCUGUGAACUUCACCCAGGAGGAGUGGGCAUUGCUGGAUCCUUCCCAGAGGAACCUUUACAGAGAUGUGAUGCUUGAAGUCCUCAGAAACCUGGCUUUUAUAGAAAACAAAUGUUUACUUAGAAGACAUCACAGAACACAUACUGGAGAGAAACCCUAUGAAUGUAAGCAGUGUGGUAAAGCCUUUGAUAGAUCCAGUGACCUUCAAAUACAUGAAAGAACACAUACUGGGGAGAAGCCCUAUGACUGUAAGCAGUGUGGGAAAGCCUUUGCUAGAUCCACUUCCCUUCAAAUUCAUGGAAGAACGCAUACUGGAGAGAAGCCCUAUGAUUACCUUCAGAUUCAUAGAAGAAUGCAUACUUGGGAGAAGCCCUAUGAGUGUAAGUGGCGUGGCAAAGCCUUUGCUAGUUCCAGUAAUCUUCAAAGACAUGGAAGAACACAUAUUGGAGAGAAGCUCUAUGGUUGUAAACAAUGUGGUAAAGACUUUGUUACAUCUGCUCAGCUUCACUUACAUGAAGGAACCCAUAGUGCAGAGAAAUUGUACUCAUGA